UGUGUGUGUGUGUGUGUGUUAGUGGAAGCGUGGCUAGGGCUGAAUGAAAGAGGCCCUUGCCAUGCAGUGCUGAUGCUCUUCCAGCGCCGGAGCACAUGUCCACAGCCACUGCAGAAUCUGUGACAACUAAACACUGGAGUAGAGCUCUGUGGAAAGGUGCGCUGCUUUUGCCAAAAGGGAAAUUGCCUGGGAAUUGAAACAGGCCCUCGAUUGUCCAUUAGCUUAGCGGCUCCGGAGAGGCUGAGCUGUGCCCCGCUAUGAGUGGACUCAGCUGCUGGGGAGUUGAAAUGCCUGAGAAUAGACUGCUGCUGAUAGUGUUAACAGUGCUUGUGAGGUCUUGGACAGGGGAUGCCCAUCCGCAGUGUCUGGACUAUAAGCCCCCCUUUCAGCCUCCUGAGCCUUUGGUUUUCUGCAAGGAGUACGCAAAGUUUGGAUGCUGCAACUUGGACAAGGACAAUGAGAUAUCUGAGAAGUUCUACCAGGUCAUGGACUAUUUUGAUUUCACUGGAUUUGUUGCUUGUGGGAAGUACAUUCGUAGCAUCCUCUGCCAGGAAUGUUCUCCCUAUGCGGCUCACCUCUAUGACGCCGAGGAUGCCAACACGCCCAUGCGGCAGCUGCCGGGCCUGUGUGGAGACUACUGCUCGGACUACUGGCGCCAGUGCCGCUACACGCUUAGCCUGCUCCUAGACAACAACAACAUCACCACAGCCAUCGAGGACAACCACAACAAGUUCUGUAACUUCCUGGUGCUGAAGGACCCACAGUACUGCUACCCAAACGUACUCUCCAACGCCGAGCUCAACAGCAAGCUGGGGGACCUGCAGGAGGACCCAGAGGGGUGUCUGCAGCUGUGCCUGCAGGAAGUGGCCAACGGGCUGCGGAACCCGGUCGCCAUGGUGCACGCCAACGACGGCACGCACCGUUUCUGGGUGGCCGAGCAGCUAGGCUACGUGUGGACGUACCUCGCCAACGGAUCCCGCAUCGACAGGCCCUUCCUCAACCUCACCAAGGCCGUGCUGACGUCCCCGUGGGCGGGGGACGAGAGAGGCUUCCUCUGCAUGGCCCUGCACCCGCGCUUCACCGCCGUCAGGAAGGCCUACGUCUACUACUCCGUCAAGGUGGGGAAGGAAGAGAGGAUCCGCAUCAGCGAGUUCGUCCUGUCCGACGCCGACAUGAACAUGCUGGACCACACGUCUGAGAGAGUCCUUCUGGAGGUUAAAGAGCCAGCGUCCAAUCACAACGGCGGCCAGCUCCUCUUCGGACAUGACGGCUAUCUCUACAUCUUCACGGGGGACGGUGGGAGGGCCGGCGACCCCUUCGGCAAGUUUGGGAACUCUCAGAACAAGUCUGCCCUCCUGGGGAAAGUGCUCCGGGUCGACGUGGACAACAACGACGACGGCGCCCCCUACAGCAUCCCCUCCGACAACCCCUUCCUGGGCGAGAAGGGCGCGCACCCCGAGAUCUACGCGUACGGCGUGCGCAACAUGUGGCGCUGCUCCGUCGACCGCGGCGACCCCGUCUCGGGCCACGGACGGGGACGCUUGUUCUGCGGGGACGUGGGACAGAACAAGUUCGAGGAGGUGGACAUCAUUGUCAAGGGUGGGAACUACGGCUGGAGGGCCAAAGAGGGGUUCUCCUGCUACGACAAGAGGCUCUGCCUCAACUCAUCACUUGAUGACAUCCUUCCUAUUUUCGACUAUCCUCACAAGAUGGGCAAAUCUGUGACUGGGGGCUAUGUCUAUCGGGGGUGCCAGAUGCCCAACCUAAACGGCCGAUACAUCUUUGGAGAUUUCAUGAGUGGGCGUCUGAUGUCCCUGAGGGAGAACCUGAGCACGGGGGAAUGGGACUACACUGAGAUCUGCAUGGGCGGCGAUAAGACCUGCAGCUUCCCCAAGCUCAUCAACAGCUACUACAAGUACAUCAUCUCCUUCGGCGAGGACGAGGCAGGGGAGCUGUACUUCCUUGCCACGGGGGUCCCUAGCGCCCAGUCCCGAGCCGGCGUCGUGUAUAAGAUAGUGGACCCGUCCAGGUACUGACCACAGAACCACAAACAUGCUGGCCUUCCACAACAC